AAGCUACGCGGACGGUUUCGUUGCUCUGUCGGCAAGAUGGCUGGGCGAGAGGAGUCGGGUGUGACCCUGGGUCAGCCACAUCUUUCUCGCCAGGAUCUUUCCACAUUGGAUGUUACCAGGUUGACACCACUCUCACAUGAAGUUAUCAGCAGACAAGCCACCAUUAAUAUAGGUACGAUUGGUCACGUUGCUCAUGGAAAAUCUACCGUGGUAAAAGCUAUUUCUGGAGUUCACACUGUCAGAUUCAAAAAUGAGCUAGAAAGAAAUAUUACAAUCAAGCUUGGGUAUGCUAAUGCCAAGAUUUACAAACUUGAUGAUGCAAGUUGUCCUCGGCCAGAAUGUUACAGAUCUUGUGGGAGUAGUACACCUGAUGAGUUUCCUACAGACAUUCCAGGGACCAAAGGGAACUUCAGACUAGUCAGACAUGUUUCCUUUGUUGACUGUCCUGGCCAUGAUAUUUUGAUGGCUACUAUGCUGAAUGGUGCAGCAGUGAUGGAUGCAGCUCUUCUGUUAAUAGCUGGUAAUGAAUCCUGUCCUCAGCCUCAGACUUCUGAACACCUGGCUGCCAUAGAAAUUAUGAAACUGAAGCAUAUUUUGAUUUUGCAAAAUAAAAUUGAUUUGGUAAAAGAAAGUCAGGCUAAAGAACAGUAUGAACAGAUCCUUGCAUUUGUACAAGGUACAGUAGCAGAAGGAGCUCCUAUUAUUCCAAUUUCUGCUCAACUAAAAUAUAAUAUUGAAGUUGUUUGUGAGUAUAUUGUUAAGAAAAUUCCAGUACCUCUUAGAGACUUUACUUCAGAACCCCGACUUAUUGUUAUUAGGUCCUUUGAUGUCAACAAACCUGGCUGUGAAGUUAAUGAUCUUAAAGGUGGUGUGGCUGGUGGUAGUAUUUUAAAAGGAGUGUUAAAGGUGAGCCAGGAAAUAGAAGUCAGACCUGGUAUUGUUUCCAAAGAUAGUGAAGGAAAACUCAUGUGUAAACCAAUCUUUUCCAAAAUUGUAUCACUUUUUGCGGAACACAAUGAUCUUCAGUAUGCUGCUCCAGGUGGUCUUAUUGGAGUUGGAACAAAAAUUGACCCCACUUUGUGCCGGGCUGACAGAAUGGUGGGGCAGGUGCUUGGUGCAGUUGGAGCUUUACCAGAGAUUUUCACAGAAUUGGAAAUUUCCUAUUUUCUACUUAGACGACUUCUUGGUGUACGCACAGAAGGAGACAAGAAAGCAGCAAAGGUACAAAAGUUGUCCAAGAAUGAAGUGCUCAUGGUGAACAUAGGAUCCCUUUCAACAGGAGGAAGAGUUAGUGCUGUCAAGGCUGAUCUGGGUAAAAUAGUUCUCACUAAUCCUGUGUGCACAGAAGUGGGAGAAAAAAUAGCCCUUAGCCGAAGAGUUGAGAAACAUUGGCGUUUAAUUGGUUGGGGUCAGAUAAGAAGAGGAGUAACCAUCAAGCCAACAGUAGAUGAUGAAUGAAGAUUAUCAGUUAAAUAAUAUGUUUGGAUGAAGUCAGAAUUUCUCUUAACAACCUAGUGGUAUAAUUUCAAAGCAGUACCAGCAAAAUACAUUUCAUUUCCUUAGUAUAGCUGUUAAAGUUGUUUUCAUUUUUUUCUGAUGAGAAUUAGUUUUUAUUCUAAAAUAAACAAUAGGGUCUAUGAUAAAUGUCAGAAUUAGCAUGUUGAUGGGUUCAACGCACAUUUUAGCAAUGUCACUUUUGUGCAUUAGUUCAGGCUUCAAAUGAAGCUGCUGUUAAAAACCAGCAUUUGCUAGUGUAUGCAUACCACUGAACCUGUUCAAAAUAAAGUUUUUCUUUUAGUUUUUCAUGA